UCCUUGUUCUGUCCACUCCUCUUUUAUUUCUUCCUUAUCUUUCUUAAAAAUCACUCUUUCUGUUCCUGAAUUCUGGUGGAAUUUUUCAAGAAUGCAAAGCCUAGUGCUCUCUUGUGAGAGCAGCAGCUUUCUAUUUAGACCCUCAUUUGCAUUUCCCAAUUUCUCCCCUGCUAAUCCCCCUCUAAUUGCUAUCUCCAGAAAGAGAAGCAAUCUAUCUAGUGUGAGAAACCAAAAAAAAAUGAAAAAUCUUAGCAUUCUCUGUGGAUUCACUCGUUCAAUUCAGAGAAGUAUGCUCUGCUCAGUUACUGGACUUGUCCACAAUACCCGUUAUUCCUUGUCCACUUUGCGAGAGGACCCACAAUUAGACGAAUUGAUGGAAUUUUUGGACAGUCUCAACAACUUCGAGAAAUCAGGGGUUCCCAAAGGCGCAGGAACAGAUUCCGAAGAUGGUUUUGAUCUAGGAAGAAUGAGACGCUUGAUGGGACUCAUGGGUAAUCCCCAAUCUAGGUUUAAGACUCUUCAUAUUGCUGGAACAAAAGGAAAAGGAUCAACAGCUGCAUUCCUCUCCACUAUACUGAGGGCAGAAGGCUAUUCUGUUGGUGUCUAUACUAGUCCACAUAUACAGACUAUCAGGGAACGCAUAACCUUGGGAAGGUGGGGUGACCCAGUAUCAGCCAAGGCAUUGAAUCAUCAUUUCAAUACAAGGAGGGAGGUUCUUGAGAGGGCAGUGAAACUUGAGAAUGGAUGUCUCAGUCAUUUUGAGGUUUUUACUGCUAUUGCAUUCAGCCUAUUUGCUGAAGAAAAUACGGAAAUUGCAGUUGUGGAGGCUGGAUUGGGUGGAGCACGAGAUGCCACUAAUGUUAUUUCGGGUCCUGAUCUUGCUAUAUCAAUCAUAACUUCUAUUGGCGAGGAACAUCUGGAUGCUCUUGGGGGCUCUUUGGAAAGUAUAGCAGUGGCAAAAUCAGGAAUAGUUAAAAAUGGGCGUCCACUGGUUAUAGGAGGUCCGUUCAUUCCAUCCAUUGAGUGCAUUCUUCGUAGAAAAGCAUCUUCUAUGUCUUCUCCAGUGGUAUCAGCAUCUGAUCCUGGAAAUAGAAGCUCUUUGAGAGGCUUCUGUGAAGUGAAUGGCAUACCACGGCAAUUAUGUGAUAUAGUGCUCCAGAUUGAGAAGGACUUUGAUCUGUCUAUUGAACUUUUAGGUGUGAAAUUACGCAUGCUUGGAGCUCACCAACUUCAGAAUGCUGUAACUGCCACAUGUGCAGCAUUAUGCCUUAAUAAGCAAGGAUGGAGUUUGUCCAGUGGAUCUAUUCGUACUGGUCUGGAGAGCGCAUUUUUGCAAGGGAGAACCCAAAUAUUGUCUUCAGAAGAAGCUAAUUUACUUGGAGUAUCUGGGGCAACUAUACUACUUGAUGGAGCACAUACGAAGGAAUCUGCCAGGGCUUUGGCAAACACGUUGCAGAUGACAUUUCCAAAGGCAAAAUUGGUUGUCGUGGUUGCUAUGGCGAAUGACAAGGACCAUCUAGGUUUUGCAAGAGAGCUACUCUCAGUUGGGGAUUUGGAUGCUGUAUUUUCUACAGAAGUCGACAUCGCUGGUGCUAAAUCAAGAAUGGCUUCUGCAUCUUCAUUGAAAUGUGCUUGGGUUAAUGCUUCGAGAGAGAUGAAUAUGAAAGUUCUUGACCUCAAAGUUGCAGAUAGUGAGGAUCAAUCACUUCAAACUGCAGGGAUGAUGGAAUCUCAAAGCAUUUUACUUGCGGAGGGAUCAUUAUUGGCUUGCAUGAGAGCUGGUUUUAAGAUCCUCAAUGAAAGAACUGGAGAACAACCUAGAAUUAUAGUAGUCACUGGUUCUUUGCAUAUUGUUUCUGCUGUUUUAGGCUACUUGCACAGCUGAUUCCUAUUUGCCCAGUUGUGGAAGCCAACUUAACUUAUUACAUGGAUCUCUCUGGUAUCUGGAGCAGGAAGAAAAACAAUUAACUCGACUGAAACACAUCGUACAAGUGAAGGAAAAAUUAAUGUUCCUGUACUUGUUUAGAGCACUAGAACAGGUUUCGUGCAAACACUGUACGUUGCCAAGUAGCCAAAGUGGUGUAAAAGAGAGUAGUGUUGAACAAAAGUUUGUCGUGUAAAAAGCUUCCCAUAUGGGGUAGUCUUGUUUGGGUGGUUGUUACCUUGUUGUAUUGUACAAUGUUUAUUUUGAUUACUCAAUUGUAUCGUUAAGUUCUAUGUUAUGUAACGGCGAAAGUGUAGUAAUCGAUUUGGUUGAUCA